CCAUCUGGAUAGAACACAAGUCCUCCUUGUCAGCAAGGGAAGGGAGAAUUAAUCACACAGCCUUGCCUAACUGAAGAAGGGCUGGAAUUGUUGAUGAGCAAAUGGAAUGUCUGGUCUCAGUAGAGAGAGAGAUUGUCUGCCAAGCCCAAGCAUUUAGUAAUGUGUUUGAAACAGGCCACAUGUGGUAACUAAGUCCUCAGAAGACACCGUAGGUUCUGAAUACCAUCAGAGCCAAGAGGUCAUUUAAACUCCAAGGUUAGAAAACGGGUCUAUCCACCUCCUUGUCUUCCUUCCCCAGAGACACCACUAUGAAGAAUCUGGCUGUCAUUGGAACCAUGGGGCCAAGUCAUGUCUGCCCACAGCUGCUGGCAUUUGCAUCCCUGGGCACUGAGGUCUGAAACUCGACCCUGGCAAGGGCCCUACCCCUUGGAGGAAAUGGCUGAACAGCCCGAGCAACAGCAGAUGAAAACUUCCUUCCUCUUCAUCCAGCUGCAGGCCCCCCCUGCCCGAGCUCACCCCUCCCAGUCUCCAGCUACUGCAGCCUGGACAGCAGCCCCAGGGGGCCCAGAGGAGGGACACAUUUUCCCAAGUCCCAGGACUGGCUUCUUGGCAGGCCAGGACCUCAGGCGCACACAGGGCUUGGCUGCUCCUCCCUCCCGCCUGCUGCAGAAGGGGGGCUCUGGGACAGAGGAACCAGCUGCUUUCAGUUGCUCUGCUCUGAAGGAGGAGGAGAGAGAGGAAAAAUCCCAGGAUCUGGAUGUAAGAAGAGGUGGUGUCUGCAGAACCCCACGUCACAGGCCUUCCCCGGCCCCCGCCUCCAGGAAAUUUGGACGACUACAGCCCCUGUCAUGCAGACUUCGUAGCCCAGCUCCCGUUAUGAGCAAUGAAAGCAACAAUCCCUCCAUGGGCUGGGAGCACUGGCCAGUCAUCACUGCCCCCCAGGACCUGUGGAGCAAGGACCCUUCGUCUUGGGAUGCCUUGGGAUGUUCAAUGCCACAGGCCAUCCUGGCUCACGCUACUGACAGGGGUGAAAGUGCUAUGCUGAGGAGAGGUGUUGCUACCUGCCAGAUUCUUCCCAAGAGCUGUGAAGAGGGCACCAGCACCACUGUGCAAGCUAGGAGAGCAAGGCUCUACAGAUACUGUCCGCCCAUUCAGACCAGCAAGAGCUACCCGGCCCUGCCUGCCGCUCUGCCUCUCAAGGCAGAGACAUUUGUUUGGGUUAACAAUGCAUCGUCUCAUUCCCAGAGUGUUGCCAAGGCCAAAUAUGAAUUUUUAUUUGGCAUAUCUAAAGAGAAACCUCCAGAUACUAGUGAUCAUGGAGGAAGCACUUUACUCCCACCAAAUGUCACAAAUGAAUUUCCAGAAUAUGGGACCAUGGAGGAUAGUGGAGAAGGCCUAAGAACUUCUCUUGGGUUUGAUACAGAGUCUCUGCCAGGCUGCCCACAAGGGCAGCUGGGGGUCCAGCUUCUUCAUGGCCACCAGUCUGGGCUUGAGAGUGUUACCGACGGACCAAAAGAUGUCAGAGAGUCCCUCACUCAAAGUCACCUCAAGGAACAAAGUUUACAACCCAUUGACUCCUUGAUUUCAACUCUGAAAGCCACAGAAGCCAGAAAAGCUUCAGGAACAUUACAGGCUACAAAGGUACUGGACAAAGAUGCUAUUUCUAGUUUUUCAGUUCAGCAGGUGGAUAAAGAGCUGGACACUGUCCCUCAUAAAACAAAGAGACAGGGAGCCAAAAAAUUAUUUCCUGCUGGCCAAGAAAAAGCACCAGAUAUACCUCUUUCAGCUGAAGUUACGACUGAGGAGAACUUUUAUUUGAGCAUCCAGAAGGAUCAGACUGUACUAUUAACUGGAGAAGCUCAGGCAGAGCUUUCCAAGAUAACUAAUAAUGGUAGAAAAGGGGCUGUCCAUGUGCAGGAGCCAGCUUGUUCUAUAUCCUCCCUGGGGAGCCCAGCAGUGACGCAUACCUCUGCAGGCAGUGUUGCUCUUUUGAGAGAGAAGAGGUCUGAUCAAGGUAGCUCCACAGGACGCCCAGGCCGGGUCAAACACGUGGAAUUUCAAGGGGUGGAAAUAUUGUGGACAGGAGGGGAGAAAAGAGAGAUACAGCAUCCUGUGGACUUUGAGAUAUCGUUGGAAAGGAGCACCUCUCCUGAAAACAGAGAACUUUCCAGAGUGCCAACCCAUCUCAUUUCAUGUGCUGGUUUGUAUAAUUCAGUUGGUUUAACUGAGAGUGUUUGGGAUGAAACCUGGAGAUCAUCAGAGAAGCUGGGCACCAGCUCAGGGACGUUUUCCCCUCUGCCUCUUGUUGAGAGUGGAGAGGAUGAAGUCUUCGUAAAGGAAAACAAAGAACAUCUUGAGAAGAAACCUGAACUGGAGAGAGACAAGGAAAGGAUUCUUGAGCAAGAGGAGCACUUUAGGGGAGGAGAUGAUGAUGUCCUUGGGCCUGCGUAUACAGAGGACUCCACUGAUGUGUACAGCUCCCAGUUUGAAACCAUUUUGGACAACACUUCCUUAUACUACAGUGCUGAGUCCUUGGAGACAUUAUAUUCAGAACCUGAUAGCUAUUUUAGCUUUGAAAUGCCUCUCACUCCAAUGAUACAGCAGCGCAUUAAAGAAGGCAGUCAGUUUCUGGAGAGGACAACAGUGGCAGGACAGCAAGAUGUCCUGAGUGUCUCAGCAGAUGGUGGAAUAGUGAUGGGUUAUUCUAGUGGGAUCACCAACGGGCUGAAUGACACCAGUGACUCCAUCUACACGAAAGGCACACCAGAGAUUGCUUUCUGGGGAAGAUACCACUCAGGAUAUGGAAGAGUACAGCAGAAGAGCAAUGCUGGGGUAAAAACAGCACUACUAGAGACUCAUUCUGAGAUGGGGAGCACUGAAAUUCUGGAAAAGGAGACCUCAGAAAGUCUCAGUAAUGGUACCAGCAGCAACAUAGAAGCAGCCAAAAGGUUGGCCAAACGCCUUUAUCAACUAGACAGAUUCAAAAGAUCGGAUGUCGCAAAGCACCUAGGCAAGAACAAUGAAUUUAGCAAACUAGUUGCAGAAGAAUAUCUGAAGUUUUUUGAUUUUACAGGGAUGACACUGGAUCAGUCUCUCAGGUAUUUCUUUAAAGCAUUUUCUCUUGUGGGAGAAACUCAAGAACGAGAGAGAGUUUUAAUACAUUUCUCCAAUAGAUAUUUUUACUGUAACCCAGACACUAUUGCUUCACAAGAUGGAGUCCAUUGCCUCACCUGUGCAAUGAUGCUUCUUAACACAGAUCUCCAUGGCCAUAAUAUUGGAAAGAAGAUGACCUGCCAAGAGUUCAUUGCAAACCUCCAAGGGGUAAAUGAAGGUGGUGAUUUCUCCAAGGAUCUACUGAAAGCUCUGUACAACUCAAUUAAGAAUGAGAAGCUUGAAUGGGCGGUAGAUGAUGAAGAGAAAAAAAAAUCUCCAACUGAAGGAACUGAUGAGAAGGCUAAUGGAACACAUCCAAAGACCAUCAGUCGUAUUGGGAGUACUACCAACCCAUUCUUAGACAUUCCUCAUGACCCAAAUGCUGCUGUAUACAAAAGUGGAUUCUUGGCUCGGAAAAUCCAUGCAGAUAUGGAUGGGAAGAAGACUCCAAGAGGGAAGCGAGGAUGGAAAACAUUUUAUGCUGUACUAAAAGGAACAGUCCUUUACUUACAAAAGGAUGAAUAUAAACCUGAAAAGGCCCUGUCUGAAGAGGAUUUGAAAAACGCCGUGAGUGUGCAUCAUGCGCUGGCAUCCAAAGCCAUAGACUACGAGAAGAAGCCGAAUGUACUUAAACUUAAAACUGCCGACUGGAGGGUCUUGCUUUUUCAAGCUCAGAGUGCAGAGGAAAUGCAAGGAUGGAUAAACAAAAUUAAUUGUGUUGCAGCUGUAUUUUCUGCACCACCAUUUCCAGCAGCCAUUGGAUCUCAGAAGAAGUUUAGUCGUCCACUUCUGCCUGCUACUACAACAAAAUUGUCUCAGGAGGAACAGCUGAAAUCUCAUGAAAGCAAACUGAAGCAGAUUACCACUGAGCUGGCUGAACACCGCUCAUAUCCCCCGGAUAAGAAAGUUAAAGCCAAGGAGAUAGAUGAAUACAGACUGAAAGAUCACUAUCUGGAAUUUGAGAAAACCCGUUAUGAAAUUUAUGUCAGCAUUCUAAAAGAAGGAGGCAAGGAGCUCCUGAGUAACAAUGAAAUUGAGGCUGCAGGACUGAAGAAGUCACAUUCAAGUCCUUCACUGAACCCAGAUUCAUCUCCAGUCACAGCCAAGGUCAAGCGGAAUGUGUCAGAGAGGAAAGAUCACCGACCUGAAACACCAAGCAUUAAGCAAAAAGUUACUUAGAAUCGAUCUGUGACCAGGAGGUACUGGUCAUGGAGCAAAAUAGAGUUUUUCAAGAUCUUUCUGGUAAACCCGUGAAUAUAUUUUUAAAAAGUUUGUGACUAAAUGGUGCAUUAGUAACCUUUUCUAUUGUAUAGUUUUGUUAGUUUCUGUACUGAUUGUCUCUUUGCUCUUGAUUACUUUGCUUUGAUGAUUUUUGCUACUUGAUGACUAAUGCACCUUUUUUUGUGAAGGGGAGGGGGAUCAUGAUUUCAGAAUGAAUUAUGUGUCACUUUUUCUUUGUUUAUUUUUUCUUGUUUGCACUCUGCUCAGUUGUUUUAUGUAUUGUCAAAUCAGCUAUUACACUUUUCUAAGGUUAAAAAAUGUAAAUCAUUGUGAAACAUUUAACUGGACAAACUUGGUAGUUGAGUAAAUUCUAGCCAGGGUUAAUAUAAGCCUUUAUAUGUGAAAUGUUGCUCAGUCACAGAGGUGGAAUUGAGCACUGGCAGAAAUUCAAUUAAGAAUUACAAUUCUGGGAAGCAAGAUGGUCCACUGUGAUGCAGGUAUGCAUAUAUCUUUGCACUUAUUGUUGAGUUCUGACCCUGCUGGAAGCAUAGAAAAGGGGGUGUUAACAAGAUGGGAGGACUGGAGAACUAAAGAAGUGCAUUAGCUUCCUUGAAGUGUUGAUUUCAUUUCAGCCAGAGAAGGAAAUAGGAAGUGGAAUCUUUUUGCCAUUGAAGGUUGUGAAAAAACGACACCAAGUUCAUUUUGUUUCUUAAAGGGUGGUGGCAAUAAUCGACUCUUGGGGAGCUGCAGUAGUAGGCAUGUGGCUGGUGUGCAGGAAAUUGUUACCUCACUUCAAGGUCUAGGCUAGGAAUCCAGAAUCAUCUCUGUCUAUCAGUACUCUGCCAUUCAGGAAUUACGUUCAUAUAUAUACACACACACACACACACACACACAUAUAUAUGUAUACAUAUAUACAUAUAUAUAUAUAUGUAUAUAUAUAUAUACAUAUAUAUAUAUAUAUGUAUAUAUAUACAUAUAUAUAUAUACAUAUAUAUAUAUAUAUAUACAUAUAUAUAUAUAUAUAUAUAUAAGCAUGGUGUUAUCUCCUGGUUGUAAAAAUAUUGGGGUCUUCUUAAAAAAAUAAUGUUGAAAUGGAACCCCUUUUGUUUUUAACAAAACAAAUUAAGAGGAAACAGUAGCUGCAGUUGUUCAACAAUGUGAUUCUUUAAAAUAAAUCUGAAAGUAAUAAUAUCUAAAUGAAUUGUGGCUGGAAAACUGAGGAAUCUACUGGUUGUAUAUGCAGAGUUAGUUUAUUCUUAUCUCAUGAUCUCUUUGAUAGCCAGUUCAUUCUGCUGCUACUGAACUUUCUCCUAAAAAAAGUACCUAAUUUUAAGUCAGUAUUUUCUAUCUAUUCAGAAUAGUUACAGUCACGAAUUUGUUCCAGUGCUGGUCCCUUUGAAAUUUAGGGUGACAACAUAUUCUCGUGUAGUGGAAGAAAAAGUGAAAAUUGAGCCCUGAGUUAGAACUUUCUGAUUUUGAAACCUUGAAUGUUUGUGAUCCUUAAAACUAUAAUCUCCAUGACUUCUGAACUAAUGGAAUCACUUUGAAUACUCUUUUACCUCCCACACAAUUUGCUCUAGUUCUACUCAGUUUAUUAAAGGCACUAUGACCAAAGAAACAGGGACUCUGCAGGAAUAGCAUGGUUCCAGUGAAUUAGAGAAAAUCUGCUAUUAAACCAUGGUGGUUUCUAGUAGUAUAUUGUUCUGAUGUACCAGCACUUAAUUAUAAGAUUAAGUAAUUAUAAUCUUAAUUAUAAGAUUAGUAAUAACAUUUACUUUACCUAUAUAAAUGCCCAUAUUUGCUACUGCCCAAAAGAGAGAAACCCUUCUCUAAGGUUGUAGUUGCUUGCUUUGUGAGAAGUUUUUGCCAUACCUUUGAAAAACUCACCCUAACCGUCUAUCUUGUUUAUGUAAAGACAAUGACUGAAUUUGUGUGUCAAAACCCAAAAACAAGGUAAUUGCGACAUGGCCCCGUGCACCUGAUUCAUUUUUGUAGCUUCUGACCAAAUCCAAGAUUUGCACAAAGGAGGAAUCAUCUUUCUUCCUUGAAUCUGAAUAAUUAGUGUGUUUGUUUUCUGUAUAAUAUAUUUAUACCAAGCAAGAGAGAAAUACCUAGCCAUGUCAUCUCUGAGCUUCAGUAACUAAAGAAAAAUAAACAUCCCUGAUUGGCUUGAAUGUGUUUGUCAACAGUGUGACUGUGUCUGUGUAUAUAGAAUGUCUCUAUGUAUUUUACUUACAGUAUAUAAUAGACAUGAAAUGGUACCAUGCUACAGUAUUUCUGACAUUUAGAGUAGUUCUAACAUGCUCAGUUAGAAUCAGCACCAUUACAGCAUUAUUCCUAUUAUACAACUCACUAAUGUUAGCUACAGGAAUUUCUGGAUAUGCUAAUAGAUAAAUGGGUGAGAAGGACACUUUGAAGCUAUGUUUGCAGUUUCUCUUUUAAAAACAACUGCAGAAGGUUUUUCUUUGAGCCAGAAUCCCAGAUUGCCUUGGCAUGAUGUUGCCCAUUUUCCCGGGAUGGGUUGAGAAUACCUCUGUCUGUUGUCAGUGCACCUAGCAGACCAAGAGUUUAUCCAGUAAUAGGAGGAAAUGGCCCCUGAUUCAACUAGAUUCUAAGAGUCUUGCCCAUAGCCAACCACAUUUUCCUUUGUGAUCAUUUCUUUCCUAUAGUAUCAAGUCAGAAGAAAUUGAAGACAUUUCCUUUCACAGCUAUUCCAAGCCUGCUGCUUCACCUCCUCCUUACCUUCUAAAGGUACUCCCCCUCUUCCCAUCCCCACUUCUCACCCAUACCUUAGCAUCAGGAGCCUUGGGAUUUCUCUCCAUGUGAUAAAUUAUUAUUCUCCUUCACAUAAAUACAUGUAAUAUUAUUUUUUAUAUAGAAAGUCUUGGUAGUCAUCAAAACAUCUUGAUGGUAGUCUUGUUGCAAAUUGACCAUAGAAGUGGUCCGUGUAUAAAAUCUUUGAGUGUUUUGGGGUUUGUUUCCCCACCUCACAUGUUGACUUUCACAGGAGGUCUCAGAAAUCCCUUGUUCGCAAUCAAAACUUAAUUACUAGCAUGCAGAGUCCUCAUUUUAUUGCCAUACCAUUGUUUGAAGUGUGCUUUUUAGAAACAUUUUGGUAACUCUUAGCAAUGCCUAGUUAAACCAAGCAAUACUUCCAUGUAUUUUAAUUAAUCUCAAGUAAAACCAACAUGUUAGAGAGUCCUCUGGUAGAACUGUAGUUCCUAUUGCUCUUCGGUAAAGAAGGUAGAAAGCAACUGUACAAGAACGUCUAUACUUCUGUUAUCCUAAUUCAGAAGAUGAGGAUUUCUGUCCUCAGUCAGAAGUGAUUGAGAGAAUUCAUUCUGGAAAAGCAAAAUUGGCUGGCUUUCUAAGGCCAAGCUAUAGGUGGUCUCUUGAGUUUGUAUUUCACCCUGUGGCCAAACCACAGAACAUCUGAGGCUGGAGAAGAAUUUAUAUAACCAGCAGUAAAGGAGGCCCUUUGCUGCCUAAACACAAAGUUGUAGAGUGUUCUGCUGGCCCUUGCCUGCUACUCCCUCUGAUAUAAAAAGCUUGAGAAGCUUUUCUUAAGUAAGGCGGGGCCUGAUUUGGCUAUGAGUUGUACCGUUUCUCUGCCUUUACUCCUAAUCAUAGACAAUGGGAAGAAAAUUGACCUUUAAGAAGUUUCUCUAUUGUCUUACUAGCAAGACUUUCUUGGAUAUAGUUAAUUGUCAUUGGAAUUUUAAUUCCUUUGGCAUUUACCGUGUAGUCAUCAAUAAAGCCUUCUUUUUUUUUAGGUUUUAUUUCUGAGUAAUAUCUACACCCAAUGUGGGGCUCGAACUCACGAUCCCAAGAUCAAGAGUAGCACACUCCACCGACUAAGCCAGCCAGUGGCCCCCUAGUUAAGCUUUUUUAAGCCAGAUUUCACGGGGAGUUUCUUAAUCUUGUAGGUCCAAAUUCCUUUACUUUAGCUCUUAGGGACCUGGUCAAGUUUACAGCACAUUGGUAGCCACCUUCCUUAAUUUCAGCAGCGAACAAUAUCUUUACUUUUCAAAUGACAUUUUUUUCCAGUUGUAAAAUUAAUACUGUUAAACAAAGAACCAAAGUGGUAUCCUAAAAAUUGUUAAAAGUAGAGUUUAGUUAAUGAUUAAUAGUGUGACUUUGGGUUUAAAAAUGCAUCUGCUCUUCUCAACAUCGAAGUUACUCUGACAAGACAAAAAGAUCAGUCAGCUUUGUAGGCAGAUGAGCUUCUGGGUCUACCUUGCCCCAAAGCUUUCUGGCUGUCUCUUCUCCUAGGCCAGGUCAGGCCACUAGUCUGCUUCAGGUCAACAGAUAUCUCCAUCAGCCUUUUGACAUUUUAUACUGUCAAGUCACUUGGAGGACUUUAAAGGUCAGUAGUUCACCACAAAAUAAUCCCAACAAGUGAUAGGGAGGUGCUUUGUCAUUGCUUUUCCUCUCAGAUUCCUUUUCAAUGUCUCACUUUUAAAGGGAAACUGAAGUCCAAAGCCAUUGCCAUUCUCCUUUUGUACCUAUAGUAUCCAAAAACAAGUGUGCAGCAUUCUGCUUAGGACAUAAUGCCCCUUUGCAUGCAAAGAGAAUAUCUUCACAGAGAGAAUGUCAGUAAAUACUUGAAUCUGCAUGAUAGUUUGUUGGCUUGAAUGUAACAGCAAGAAAAUAUUGCAAGUUAAGUAAUUGUAUAUGCAAUUUCCUUAAAUGUCCUUGGCUUGUUCUUUGUAAUUUAUGUGUGUAUCUGUAGUAUUGCAGGCUUUUGGAGAAUAUUCAUAUAGAUAGUUUGUCAGACAUCAAAAGAAAUGCUUUCUGUCACCUGCCAAUGUUGUAUUGUGGGUAUUUAUAGUUGUAUAUAUAUAUGUAUAUGUAUCAAUGUGUAGACUGUAUAUCAGUAUAUGGUGUAUGUAUAUCAAAUUUAUUUUUAAUAACCAGUAUGAUAUGAAAAGCAAGUAAAAACCUCAUAGGAUUGAUUAUAUAAUGCAGUUAUUGAAAGUAUAUAUAGUGGUACUGUUUUAUUAAACUUAAAUGAUAUUUUGAUUAGCUUUUUAAUAAGACUUUAUGUUAGAAAAUUCCAUCUUUGAUCUUUGAACCACCAGGGCGAAAAUGACCCUGAACUAACUUCGUGAAACUCUUUUAGUGUACUGUGUACAAUACUAAGGAAGUAGCUCAUUAUAACUUGAGAUCUACAGAAAGAAAAAAAAUAGGCAUCCUAUACAGUCUUAACAACUUCGGUAUUCUGAGUACUUAACCAUAAAAUCAAACUGACAAUUUUGGGCUUAUUACAAAAUGUGGUGCUUUAAAGCACACGUUCUUUAUUGUUGUAAUUAGUCCAGACAAAUAGAGCUUUCAGAAGAAUUAAAUAAGUGCCCACAGUAUCAUUUUUGUGCCUGUGUCUAUUUUACAGUAGAUGGAACCACCCUUCUUGCACCACCUCCUUACCCUCUUUACUUUAAAGAAUAUUACAUUGCUAAAGUAUAUCAGGGCUUCCCAAGAUCAGGUACUAUAUUCUAGGUUUGCAGUUGUACAAAUUAGCAUCUAGUGUCACAAGUGAAAGAAUUUUAGGGCAGGCUAUGGACUAGGUUAAAUCUUUAUUUAAUAUUUUUAUACUUAGGUCUCUUCCUGCCUCUCCCCAAAGAGCCACCGGCCUUAGUUAUUUGAGCUUACUGCUUAUCUCACAGUGUGUAAAUAGAUAAUAGAUUAAAUGUGUAUUAUUCAGCAUGUUUGGUAUAUUUAAAGCAGCAACUGAGUGUGUUUGAGUGAGUGGUUGAGUACAGUAUAUUUUUAAACAUACUGUCUCCUAUUCUUUGUAUCUGAUUCAGAAAAUUGGAGUUAUGGAAUGAAAGACUAAUCUUUAGCUCUAGGCUGCUGUUGGUAGUUACAUUGGAGUUUUUUUAAUUAACUCUACAGUCUCAAACUUUUUGCAAAUAUAUCAUAUUUCCUAAUUUGUUCUUGACAUGCAGUGAAUUCACUCUGAUCAGCAGGGUCUUUGUUCUGCAAGAGUGUAUUUCUUUCUAAAAAUUAUAGUGAAUUGCAAAAACAUUCAUUUGAUUCAGAAAGCAUAUACUAAAGGAGUAGCAAAAAUAAAGUUUCAUUUUGGGCCUUAAUCAUUUGAAAUGUUUGGACUUUUAGUAUAAAGCCAUGUAGGUUAUAAAGCCAAGUAACCAUUUGGCGUGGACAGUAAUAUACACUGUAUCAGAGUAUAUAUGCACAUUGAUUUUUUAAUGUCAUUAGGAUACUUUUUUAGUUAUAGGAACAAGACUAAUUAGACCAAAUUGAAGUCAGGGGGCUUUGGGGAGGAGUGUGUGAGCUGGUUGACUUCCAUUUAGGAUAGACAUAUAUGUGGUCAGUCCUCCGCUCCUGAGAGAUUCAGAACCAGUUUACUGUCUCCUUAGGUGUGUAAGGGGAAAGUUUCACAUAUCUGGGCCUCUCACAUGUGUACAUACGCUUGCACACAUGUACACAUAGUGAAUGUUUUAAGUUAUACAAACUUAAGACACAAAGGGCCAGAGUGUAGAAGAGGUGAUGAAUUAAGGGGGUGGAAACUGCAUCACAGGAAUGUUUUCUAAGGGCUAGGGAGGAGUUGAGCUCUAGUGUCUGACUUUGACAAGUAUUGCAUUUUUAACAAAUAUGUGAGGGGAUAUAUAUCACAUCCACCAAAUUGAAGGCUUUCUUAUACUUCACAAGUAGCAGCUCUCCAACAUCCCGCAGUAGCAUGGGGACAUUCCAGAAGGCUGAAUUUUCUGGGGUGGCAUUGCUGCGUGCUCUGGAGAUCAUUACUUUGAGAAAGGAGCACAAAUGGAGAAGGAACAAAACACUGUAGGAACAUUGGUGUGAAUUGUCCACAUUCCCCUUCAAGUUGUACUGGUAAGAAAGUUCAGAUUAAAGUAUUGCUGAACAGUUAAGCACUUUUCCAUCAGCAGUGACAGUGAAGAUAGAGAUGAGAAGGAACCCAGCUAAAAUAUAUUUCCCAUUGCAGGGUAAGAGCUAAAUUCUCACUAAUAGUGUUAUUAAAAGCACUUUAACUUCGAUUCCUGAAAAUGGUGGUCAAUGGAGAGAAAUUUGGGGUUUCAGUUACCAUUUCCCUGUGAGCUUGCAUAGAUAAGUCUUUAGACACUCUCGGGAGAGUCCUAACAAGAAAGCUCAGCUAAGGACAGUACUGUAGGUCUGAGGCUCCUUGCUCUGACCCCUGAAUACUGGGGCACUGCAGAGGGUGAUAAUGUAUUCUCUCUGCAAAGAGGAGAUUCUCUUCUGGCCUCCUACUCCACUUGGGCUUCUACUGAGCAGCAAACACAUCCUGGAUUUCAGUGCUAUUCCCCAGCUUUAGGAAUCCAGCUCUUCUAAUGGGUUGACCCUGCUGAGGAAAGAUAUCAACUCUGAGAAUGACUGAGUCACUGGGGAUGACAUAUGACAAAGGUAUUUUAAAAAUUCUGUGACUGAAGCCAAGACCAUAUAUUUUGCCUUUGCAAGAAACAGGUUGGCACAUUGAGCUCUACCAAGGGAUGGAUGAUAUCUUUGCCUUUGCACCCAGAUUUCUGAAAAUGGGUAAUGUUUCAGUUCUGUGGGAAGGGUCAAAGGACACUAAGCUUAUUGCUUAUCAUUUCUGCUCAGUCAGAUGAGAGCUGUUGGGUAAAGGCCUAAAUGCCUCCCUGCAUUCUCUUCUACCUCAAGUUUUAGGAGCCCAUUUCUAGAACAAAAAUUUACACAAGUGGAGAACCAAUACUGUCAUUACUGUAGGACAGGCAGAAGGGUGGUAGUUUAUAUCCUUUAAUAUAAAACAAGGUUUUGACUUUUCCAACUAGUAACUGGGUUAUAUUUACUGUGACUCAAACUAUUUGGCAAUGUGCAACAUUCCUUUGCCUUCAAAGUUUUCUCCACCAAUCAUUGCAGUUUCAUUGCAGCCCUGGUGCCAUAUCUCCCUGCAAAUUGUGAAAGUAAUUAGUGACAAAAUAGCAGCCUACUCCUUUUCAGUAGUCCAACUGUCAGCAUUAGCAGACUUAAGUAAGCUAGUGAGACUGAUUUAUGUACUGGAAACCUGUUCCUCCUUAUCACCCACCAGACUGAAGAAAUGCCAUCUCCUAUAAAAUUAUGGCAUUUAUGGUGGUCAUCUUUGUAAUGGAACAGUAAUUUAUGUGGGUAUUGCUAAGGUGUUUAGAGAAUAUUUUGAAAAUUAAGUUUACAUUUUACAAUUGCUUUAUUUUUUAUUAAAAUAGUUGUAUAUAAAUAUUACCUUGUUUGUUGUUGAAGUAACCUAAACAAUGUAAACAGACAAGCGAGUCACCUGAUAUGUAUAGACGCUGUGAUAUAUAGAGUACUUUUCCCUAUUGUGUAAUGUUCAUGAAUAUAACUGUUCCUGUGUUUUUAUAAGUUGGGGAUAAUUUGUUGUUUUACAACAACAAAAUCUGUUGGAUUUAAGUGGCUUUUAUGUAAUAGAAAUCAUGUGAAAUAGUGAAGGAUUUAAAAUAUGUAUAUGAUAAAUGUAAAUGUACAAACUUUAGAAAGAAAUAAAUCUAACAAAUUUCAAUCAUUUAGGGGGAUAAUUUUAUUUGCUUAUUUAAGAAACUGUAUAAUACCUUUAAAAAUCAAAACACACCAAACCUCCCCUUGCAUUAAAAAGACAACAACAAACCCACAGUGAGAGAUUUCACCAGGGUACUUGAUUAAGGGGUAAGAAAGUCCAAACUAUUAACUCUGACUCACCUUCAUUGAAGUCUGUGAAAACACGUGUUUGCACAAAGAUGUUGAUGAGAUUUAGGAGGCCUACUGUCUUCAUCAGGGGGCUUUAAGCAGGGAAAGAACAAAACUUUUUAUAGCAAUUUCAAGAACUCAUUUGCAUCCCCAUAUUCUAACACUUUUUAUCAAAGUAAAGGGACUGAAGGUAAUUAUUGCUCUAAAAUGCAAAUGCUGAUCAUGCUUUAUGGUGCCUAGUGUAUAUAUCUUUGUUAUCAUAACCAAACAAUGUUAAAAAUGAUAUCUGUUGACUUGGAAAAUGAAAAAAUAAAAUUCCACCCUAAUCACCUAA